AUGCUUCUCAAGGCCUUUUUCCUCGGCUCCCUGCUGGUGAUUGCGGCUUACGCCGAAGAGGAGGCGACCACCGCCGCCCCGAAGGAGGAGGUCACCUCGCCGGCCGUCGUCCGUGCCAAGAGGCAGUGUGGCUGCUCCGGGUGCUCGUCGUGCGGUCAGCAGCAGACUCAGUGCGUCCCCGUUUGCGUGCAGCAAUGCCAGUCCGCCUGCCAGACCUCUCAGUGCUCCAACCAGUGCCAGAGCAGCUGCCAGCAGCAGUGCGGAGUUGCCAUCGCCAUCCCUGUCCAGCAGCAGUGCAACCAGUGCCAGAACCAGUGCCAGUCGUCGUGCGGCUCCAACAUGAUCUGCUUCCAGACUUGCCAGCAGAACUCGUGCCCCCAGUGCUGCCCCCAGCAACAGUGCUGCCCCCAGAAUAACUGCCAGCAGCCCCCGCAGGUCAUCGUCCUCCAGCAGCAGCAGCAGAACCAGUGCCAGUCGCCAUGCUGCAACUCGUGCCAGUCCGCCUGCCAGAGCCAGUGCUCCACUCCCAUCUGCGUCCAGGGAUGCCAGUCCUCGUGCAACUCGCAGUGCAGCAACUCCCAGCAGCCAAUCGUCAUCGUCGUCCCCAACAACGACCAAUGCUCCUCGUCCUGCUCCAACUCGUGCCAGCAGCAGUGCCCCACCCCCGUCUGCGUCCAGACCUGCCAGAACCAGUGCCAGUCUGCCUGCGGAUGCCAGAGCAACAACUGCAACCAGCAGCAGCAGCCCAUCAUCGUCCUCCAGCAGCAGCAGAACCAGUGCCAGAACACCUGCCAGAGCCAGUGCAUGAACUCCUGCACCACCACCCAGACUGUCCUGCAGUGCCAGCCGGUCCCAGCAGAUCGUCAUCCCGUGCCAGAGCUCCGGCUCGUCGUGCUCGUGCAACUCUGGCUACUCCCAGUGCGGAGGCUCGUGCUGCCGUAUCUAAGCGUCACCCCGACUAGCCACCCACUUCGCCAUCCCCAAAACCCAUUCGCCAAUCCGAAACAAAACCUCGAGCGUGGGAGUAUUGUGCGGCCCCUUACCGAGGCCCAUCCCGUCGUGUGUCUCUCUUCGAUGGCACCUUUCACUUCGAUGCUUGAGCAAAUUCCCGAGAUGCGCGCGAGAUUAACGAGGCACCAGCCGGAUGCGGUUAGCCGGUCUUCUCUUGCUUCUUCCAAAUGUUCUUGCUGUCUACUUCCCAUUCGAUAUGUCCACAUCUCCGAACUGCUAGGCAGAAGGGCAAUGUCCUCAAAGCUACAUCAAAUGCCUGAUGAAGCGCAUUUUACCCCGCAGAGCUUGCCGGUCAACUUUGAAGACAACUAUGAGCAGGAGAUUAAGAGGCGUCUGCACAAGAAAAGAAAAUCACACAAGAAGCAUCGCCGUCAUCAUCACCACCGUCCUCACCAUCGACAGCGAGAAGGACUUGGCGAAGCCCCCGAUAAUAAGCUGCAUAUUGUGGAGAAUGGGCCGUUGUCGCAGAUUAUUACUGAGGAAAACGGCCAAACCGUUCUCACCCAUCGAUUUGACUAUGAAAAAGCCAAGAAGAAGGACGAUGGCAUUGAUGAUAUGAAGGUGGAGCGUGUGGAACGGCUAAACCUACCCGACUACGUGCAAGAAACGAAAAUCAUGCACAAGAAGAACAUCUCCCCGUCGACGCUGGCGAUUCUGCAAAAGUUGAGAGCUUCCGGAGCGCUCCUAAGCCCAGCAGCGGGAUGGCCAACGCGUCAGAUGCCGUUCGAUCGUCGUGGUGCUCCACCAGUCUUUGGAGCCCCGAUCCGAAGCGCCAUCCCGAUUGGCACAUCGCAGGGCAGCCAGCUCGCCUACAUGUAUCCUCAAAAACGGAUGUUGCUACUGCUCGGCGUUUUAUAUAUUAGCUACCUAUCAGAAGCUGCCUCUACCCUACGUGACGGCGGAGAUGACCGGGACCUAAUCGCCGUCCAACCCUCAUUUAUGGAAUUCGAAGACCCGAUAGCCCGUCGAUUAGGGUUGCUGAUGCAGCAAGAAACUAGCACAUCAGCCGCUAAAACCACUUCUCAAGCGACGAUUUCGCUGGCCCCAAGACCGAGUCCCACUCCUAGGCGCAAAAAGAUACGCCACGCCAUCGCCUUCCGCACCUAUUGGCAACCAAAAAUGUCCCAGCCAAGGCCCACGACACCUGAGCCAAUGCCGGAAUAUCCGCUUCCGGUGAAAGAUAUGUUAGUCCCUCAACCCUCGACGUCUACCUCCAGACCUUCAUCAACUGCAGAGAAACCGAUUUUGGUCGUUGAAAAUUGGCAACAGCCUGAAACGACACCAGCUGUUUCAUCACCGACGGCCACUACGGAUAUUCCAAUCCGGAUGACCACUCGGCAAUUUGCUAGAAUUCGGACCCUCGUCCCCAUCGUGCAAACCUACGAAGAUGGCCAGCGAUUUGAUGUGAAAAUGCUGCCCUCUUCACUGGGUCAAUUUGUCCCAUUGGCGCCUCUCGUUGGCGACGAGAACAGCCGAAAAAAUGCGGUCCCCGUGCUGAAGACGGUUCUACGGCCGCAACUCAUACGCGGACGUCUUGGACUUGCCGAUCGCGUCGAAUACGUGCCGUAUCGGUACGUUGCCCUGGCGUCAAGGGCCAGAACAGAAAAUGCCCGCUCGCCGCUACAAUAUCGACUGCCA